AUGGCCUCGACAUUCACAUUUGCAUUCUCCGGCGACGACAUAGAUGCCGAUGCCGAUGCUGAGGGUGACCCCAAUUACCUCGACGAUGGCAUGCAAAUUGACACCAUCCACGAGGAGCCAGAGCUUGUGGCCCCCGAAAAGCAUACGUUGACUGAGAUACUAUCGACCCUCCCCUCCAGCCUAUCCUACAACACCCUCUGCAUCCCUCUCAGCUUUCCACCCGCACCAGCAUCAGCAUCGUUGCCAGCCCCACCGCACCAACCAGCCACAACCGCCAUCCUCCGCCGUGCUCUCUUCGAUGUCGUGGCUCAGCUGAAAGCCGAAGCUGACAUCAACCCACACGCCAAAGCCAGGCAGCAGGACGCAACCGCCAACGCCAACGCUGACGCUGACGCCAGCAACGAAGGAGACGCCGGUGGUUACAGCUAUGAAGCUCUGAUCUCUACCCUAGAAGGCGGAGAUGAUCUCCGCUCCAGGGUGUAUGAGGGCGGGUUCAAGACGUGGGAGUGCGGCUUCGAUCUCGCGACGUAUCUUGCUGUGUGCUUGUACGUUAGUAAGGAAGGGGGGACUGAAGUCGAUGGCGUGAUGCCCGGUUGUGGGUUUUUAGGCAGGUGGUUCAGCGAGCGUGGGGUACGCGGUACUGCUACUGCUGCUGAUGUAGAUCGGUGUUGGAAUGGUGGGCUGGGGAAGGAUGGAGAGGAGCCGCAGGAGCAGCAGCAAGGAUUUGACGUUGUUGAGUUAGGUGCUGGUAGUGCGAUGCCGAGCCUGGUUCUGCUGAAUCACGUACUCGGCACCAGGGCGAGAAGGCGUGGUCGAAGGCAGGAGGAUAGGGAAGACUACGUCGAGGACGGGAACGGCAUUGAGAUUGGGGGAGGAGGCGGAAUCAGAUUCGUCCUCUGCGACUACAACAUCGAGGUCCUACGGCUCGUGACCGGAGCUAAUGUUUUGCUUCAAUUUGCUCAGCGGGGAAGCGAAAGGGGGGAAGCUCUCUCCAGCGGUCACGCUGCAGGGAAUAAGAACGAUCUCGGUGAUCAAGAGUCUGAUCCUACCAACAAUGGCAAUGGAAACAGCAACGGCAACGUCAAAGGCGAGGGCGAGGGUGAACUCGACAACAUCACCCCAUCCCUCCUGCAGGACACCAUCCUCCGGACCCUCAUCAACGCCAGAAUAUCCAUCGACUUCAUCUCCGGAGCAUGGGGUCCAGCAUUCGUGGAUCUCGUCUCUCCUUCUCCCAGUGAUUUAAUCACCACCACCACCACCACCACCACCACCGACGAGAAACCAGCAACAGCGGUUCCAGCAAAACCAAGACCAAUCCUGAUCCUCUCAUCCGAAACCAUCUACUCGCCGCUCUCCCUCCAACCAUUCGUCAGCACGCUCCUCUCCCUGCUCCAACGAUCCCAGCACCCGGACUCAGCAGCGCUAGUCGCGGCCAAGAAGAUGUAUUUCGGCGUCGGGGGCGGGGUGGAUGAAUUCACGUCCCUGGUCCGCCAGCAGGGCGGGCUGGUGCAGGUUGUGAAAGAUAUCAAUGACGGCGGGGUUGGGAGGGUGAUUGUGAAGGUCACGCUCCCAAGCCUUUGCACAGAUGUGUAG